AACAAUAAACUAUUAUAGUGGCUCACAAUAUAGGAACGACUAAGGUUGUACGCUAAAAUAUUAAAUUGUCGGUUUUAGUGACUCAUGGACGUUUCUGUGCGCAGUUUAUAUUAUAUAUUCUUCCAGCAGACAUCAAGACAUUGUACGCUGAGAUGAGUUUGACUAAGUAAUUUCAUUGAAAGUGCUCGUAAUAAUAUGACACAGUGACCAAAAUCGAACCGUGGUUGUGUACUGUAUCAAUGUGGAUUCGCAUUUAAAUUAUAAAUGUCAAUCAAAUACUUAAUAAUACAUUAUAAUAACAUGAUAAACGCACAACCGAAUUCUUUUCUAUACGCGCCUAGUUUGAAUAAUGGUAUACGAUGUCACAGUCGCUUUAUUAUAUUGAAUUUCUAAGUAUGGAACAAACCACAAACUCACGAGGUGCAUGAUGGGAUCUAUUCGACCACCUGAAGAAUUUAUAAUAUUUAAAAACGAUGGACAGCAAUGUUUGCGGGGAAACUGAAGAGAGAGCGUGAUGCCGAUCAACGGCAACGCGUUGGCCAAGUACUUGGUCAUGGUGUCGCAAGUGAUCGCUUGGUGCACGGUUAGCGCGAUGCUGUUGCGGAGGGGCCUGAACCAGGUGAACGCUAGCUCGCAGCAACCGCCGUCGUCAUCGUACGGCGGCAAACCGUACGGCGGUUCGGUCGCAGCUUUCGGCGACAGCAACGCGACAUCGACCGCGGCCACGGACACCGGCCACCAUCAGCAAGGGACGCCGGAAAAGUCGUUCGACGAAAACGGUGCGCCUGCAGUGGUGGCCGGCAUAGUGAUGAUCGCGAUCGCGGUGAUCAUGUUGAUCAUCAGUCCCACGAUCAUGGUGAUGAAAAUGAUCGAGAAACGCAAGAAGAGGAUCCUGGACACGGAAUUAGAAUCUCCGCCUAAGUACGAAGAUGUGGUAGAAAGCGCCCCAAGAUAUUCAUCGUUGUUUGUAUUUAAUAACGAUGGUGAAAUGGCAUUGGUGUCUGAAAAUAUACUACACAAAGAAAAGGAUAAUAUUCAAAAACAACUAGUUUGAAAUAACUAAUUUCAUGAAUUAUAUUUAUAUUAUUAUAUAAUCUACUUCAAACUUCCUACACUGCCUCUACAUCGGUUGGCCUAAAUCUGCCGAGAGUUAUGCAAAAAAAAAAUGUAUUCGUGGCAUGAUUUAUUGUAUAAACCUUAAGUUAUAAUUUAAGCUCAAUACAUUGGGGAAUAUUUUUAAAUGUAAUGAUAUAAUAGAAAUACAUAUAAAAUAACAAUAAUGUUUACAACUAUAGUUAUUAUAGGUAUACCUAUGUUUUUUUGUAUUUUUAUACAUGAAUACAUGAUAUUUGACAUUUUAUCACAACUUGUAAUAUUUCAGACUUUAUUUCUAAAUUGAAUAUAUUUUAAAACAAAAAUA